AUGGAAGAAGCACUUACCAAUCAGACAGUUUGCAUUGACAAUGGAUCAGGAUUCCUCAAAGCAGGAUUUUCGGGAGACGACGUUCCCCAAUGCCUUUUUUCUAACGUGUCAUGUUGCCUUCUAACAUGCAAUUGCAGCAUCGGAAGGACAAAGCAUACGCGUGUAAUGCCUAGUCACCUCCAGCAAGAUACGUAUAUUGGUUCCAAAGUGCAGGAGCUUCGAGGAUUGUUAAAACUUGAAUACCCUGUUCAGCGUGGUCUCGUAAAAAACUGGUGUGAUAUGGAAAAAAUUUGGUCUUGGGUUUAUUCAAAUGAACUUCAAACUCUACCCGAAGAUCAUCCAGUGCUAUUAGCAGAACCCCCGUUCAAUAAUGCAAAAAAUAAAGAGAGAAUGGCUGAGAUUUUUUUUGAAACUUUUAACGUCCCAGCACUCAACUUUUCCCUGCAGCCUGUUCUCGCUUUAUACGCAACCGCACGUACGACGGGUCUAGUGGUAGAAGUAGGAGAAGGCUUAACACAUACCGUCCCGGUCUUCGAUGGCUUUGUUCUCUCGAGUGCCCAGCGCGAUGACUAUGGCGGUAAAGAUAUCACCGACUACUUACAGCUUCAGCUUCGACAACUAGGCUAUCGCUUUGUAACAUCUGCCGAAACAGAAAUCGUUCGUGAAAUCAAGGAAGCUUGCUGUUAUAUUUCGCCAAACUUUCAAACAGAGGAAAAAACAAACUCUUCCUUUAAUACAAAGCUACGGCAGUUUACACUUCCUGAUGGUCAAACUCUAAAACUAGGUUCCGAAUGUUUUCGUGCUCCUGAAUUGCUGUUUCGUCCCGAACUCAUUGGCUAUGAAAACGGCGGUAUUCAGCAUCAAAUUGUACAAGCCGUUAUGCGAAGUGAUCUUGAUUUACGUAAAGACCUUCUCAAUAACAUUGUGCUCUCUGGUGGAUGUACAUUGCUGAAUGGCUUCGGAGACAGACUUUUGAAAGAACUCCAAGGGUCUGGAGAUGUUCGUAAUUGCGUCAAAAUAUACACUCCACAAGAGCGAAGAUACGCAGCAUGGACAGGUGCGUCCAUCUUGGCAAGCUUAAGCACGUUCUCAAACAUACAAGUCACAUCUGAAACAUAUAAAUCAGAUCCCUAUUGUAUAUUUAAAUAA